AUGUCUUUCUUGCAAAUUCCCAUAAACCCUGAUGCUGAAUGUUUGUUGCAUGAAUUCGAUGCAUAUGUCACAGAGCUCGACCAGCUUCAUACAUUGAUUUUGCUUGACAGGAUGUGCUCCAUCAGCGACAUGGAACAAAGGUGUCGCAAGUGGGACGCGUUUAUGGAAAACUUAAGCGCAUGCCAAACUGAGGCCACUGAAAAACACAUCGCACUCCCCCUGACUGCCGCCAUUGGCAAGAAGGGCGAUUUGCAAAGCCGAGGAGAAAACUGUGGAGGAUUCUUGGAAGUAGAGGAAGAGCAUCAGAGGGUAGAGGAGGAGGAGGAGGAAAUCACUCAGAAGGCUGCGGAGGAGGAAGAGUUGGCAAGGAAGACUUCGGAGGCUGCCACAUUGACCCAUAAGAUUGUGGAGGCUGGAAAGGAGACUGCGGGUGACAAUGGAGAUGGAGAGGAAGAUGGUGAGUCUUCGGAGGCUGGAGAGAAGACUGGCGACAUCAUUGUCAUCAAACAGAAGUUAUAUGUCAUGACAACCCUUGUGCAAAAAGGCAAGAAGGCUAAGGCCAUCGCUGCUGCCGCAGCGCCAGCUCCUACUGCUGGUGGUUCUCGGACUUCCAGGAGGAAAGCUAUGUCGGACUGCACGACCAUUGUGUCUGAGGAUGAAGACGUCACGCCUCGUGCUCGUCCAGGCCCCGGAAAGUGA